AUGAAGCUGGCUUUGCACAGGAUAACCAGCACCACAGUGAGCACGCUGACAACUGGGGUCCGGUAUCUUGGCUCCAACGACGCCAGCUACGACGAGCUCCUCGUCGAGUCCAGCGUGGCCAAAAGCAGAUUCCACCUGGAUAAACCGCUCGCCGCCUCCAUCAGGAACUCCUUGGAGCUCAUCCCUGGACGUCAGGACGUCAUGUUCACGGCUCUCUCGCCCAUUUUCCCCACCAACACGUCCGACGCUCUGUUGGGUAACGCCACGUCUGUGGGGAGCGGAGGAGGAGCGCAGUGCACGGAGAACUUUGCGGAGAACUUGGAGUGCUUCAUGAUCCUCACUCCCAGUCAGCAGCUGGUUAUAGCCGUCUUAGCGCUCACCCUGGGAACUUUUACUGUGCUGGAGAACCUCGUGGUGCUGUGUGUGAUCCUCCACGCUCAGACUCUCCGCUCGCGGCCGUCCUACCACUUCAUAGGCAGCCUGGCUGUGGCCGAUCUGAUAGGGAGCAUCAUUUUUGUGUACAGCUUCCUGGACUUUCACGUCCUCCACAGAAAGGACAGCCCAGAUGUUUUCCUCUUCAAGCUGGCGGGGGUCAUCGCCUCCUACACGGCCUCUGUGGGCAGUUUGUUCCUGACUGCAAUCGACCGCUACAUAUCCAUCCACAGGCCGCUGGCGUACAAGCGCAUCGUCACAAAGACUAAGGCGGUCAUUGCCUUCAGCGUGAUGUGGACCAUCUCCAUCGUCAUCUCACUGCUGCCGCUGCUCGGCUGGAACUGCAAGCGCCUCGGCUCGGUCUGUUCAGACAUCUUCCCCCUGAUUGACCAGAAGUACUUGAUGUUCUGGAUCGGAAUAACCAGCAUCUUGGUCCUAUUUAUCAUCUACGCCUACAUGUUCAUCCUGUGGAAGUCGCACCACCAUGCCGUGCGCAUGCUGAGCCGCAGCUCGCAGAGGAGCAUCAUCGUCCACACGCCAGAAGGAGCCAAAGUCCAGAUGGUGAGGCCCGAGCAGGCCAGGAUGGACCUCCGUCUGGCUAAAACCCUCGUCCUGAUCCUGGUGGCGCUCAUCAUCUGCUGGGGCCCGCUCCUCACCAUCAUGGUGUACGACCUCUUCGGGAAAGUCAACGACUUCAUCAAGACCGUGUUUGCCUUUUGCAGCAUGCUGUGCCUGCUCAACUCCACCGUGAACCCCGUCAUCUACGCCAUGAGGAGCAAAGACCUGCGGAGGGCCUUCAUCAGCAUCUGGCGAGGGGCCACGCAGACACUGGACAGCAGCGCUGAGAGCGACUGGAACAGCAGGAGUGUGAGAGGCUGGGCGGGGAGAGAUGGCAGCGUCCCGAGGCAAACCCGGGUAAAAGUAGCCCAGGUCACCCUGUCCGGAGGUACGGAGACCUCCACAGCAGAACCCAUCUGA